AUGAAUCUUCUUCCCACCUUCUCUAUGGAGACAUGGGCGCUUUCACUUAUUUUUGUAGCCCUCCUGAUAGUAUAUGGGACCUGGCCAUUUGGUUUGUUCAAGAAGUUGGGUAUUCCCGGGCCAAGGCCUCUGCCUUUCCUUGGGACGUGCCUGGAAUAUCGCAAAGGUUUCUUGAAGUUUGACAAUGAAUGUUUCCAGAAGUAUGGGAAAGUCUGGGGGAUUUACGAUGGCAGGCAGCCUGUGGUGGCUGUCAUGGACCCCCAGAUCAUUAAAUGUGUGCUGGUUAAAGAGUGUUUCUCCACCUUUACCAACCGGAGGCGUUUAGAUAUAGCAGGGGAGAUGAAAAACGCUGUCUCACUAGCCGAAGACGAACAGUGGAAAAGGAUUCGUACUGUGCUCUCUCCAGUCUUCACCAGUGGGAAACUAAAGGAGAUGUUCCCUAUAAUGAAGCACUAUGGGGAAGUUUUGGUGAAAAAUGUUCAAAAGCGAGUGGAAAAGGACAACGCUCUAUCUCUAAAGGACAUCUUUGGAAGCUACAGUAUGGAUGUCGUCACCAGCACUUUGUUUGGCGUGAACAUCGACUCCAUGAACAACCCCAAAGACCCCUUUGUCAAAGAGAUAGAGAAGAUGGCCAAGUAUGACUUGUUUCACCCGAUCUUCCUCUUGACAUAUGUAUGUCCAUUCAUUGUUCCUCUGUUUGUCAAGAUGAAUGAAAGCUUCGGCCACAAUGAGACUCUGGAGUUCUUCAAGAAAUCCAUCUCCAAAAUUAAGCAGGAUCGUGAAAAGGAGACUCACAAGGGCAGAGUAGAUUUUCUGCAGCUGAUGAUUGAAUCCCAGAACUCAACCAAUCACAGGAGCAACGAAGGAAAUCACUCAAAUAAAGCCCUGACCGACUCAGAGAUCCUGUUGCAAGCAUUCAUAUUUAUUUUUGCUGGCUAUGAGACCACCAGAAACACGCUUUGUUUCCUGGCGUAUGAACUGGCCACGCAUCCCGACGUGCAGCAAAAACUGCUGGAGGAAAUCAACACCGUUUUACCCAACAAGGCUCCUCUCACAUAUGAAGCAAUGAUGCAAUUGGAGUAUCUUGACAUGGUAGUGAAUGAAACCCUUCGGCUCUUCCCCCUUGGAGGACGGCUUGAGAGAGCCUGCAAGAAAGACGUAGAAAUAAAUGGAGUGACCAUUCCCAAAGGAAGCAUUGUUAUGAUCCCAUCCUAUAUCCUGCACCACAACCCCGAGUACUGGCCAAACCCAGAAGAGUUCAGACCAGAAAGGUUCAGUAAGGAAAACAAAGAGGCUAUAGACCCGUAUACGUACCUGCCCUUUGGAGCUGGUCCCAGGAACUGCAUCGCGAUGCGGUUUGCUCUCCUGAUUCUGAAAGUUGCCAUCACCAUCCUAUUACAACAUUUCACCUUCCAGACCUGCAAAGAAACUCAGAUCCCUCUCAAGCUGAGUCCACGGGCUAUCUUAAGACCAGAGAAACAGAUUAUUCUGAAGUUAGUCCCCCGGACCAACACCGCACCUGCAGAGGCGUAA